CUGUUUUGAGCAAUAAAUUCAUCAGAGAAGUUGCACACCAGUCAAAUUGAUCUUUCAAUCUACGACCAAGUAAUGGCGAAUUGGGAAGAACUCCCACGAGAGAUCCUAGAACUCAUCGCUUGUCGACCAGCCCCAGAAGACUUUUUAGCUUUUGGAGGGGUGUGCACCUCAUGGCAGUCUGCUGCCACCAAAGAUACGUACAAGGCGAUGUCGAGAGCCCCGUGGUUCAUGACUUAUGUGCGCAAGCAAAUAGCUGAGUUCUUCAGCCCCUCUAGAGGAAGAAAUUUCCAGUUGCUAGCAUCUCGAGUUGCGACCAUGUCUCCCCCAGGAUGGCUACUCGCGUCAAAGGGGGACCGCGACUUUAUCUUCAAUCCGCUUACGCGUGUCAGCAUCGAACUCCCCUCCUUGGAGAGGCUUCGCCACAAGUCACCUCUCGCUGUGGAACUUGACGUGCUAAAGAAGCUCCGGUGCGGACCCAACAGAAUCCACAAGAUUGCGUUGUCCUCAAGCCCUUCUUUGUCCAGGAGCUACACGGCCAUGAUCUCUUUUCACGGGCAUUUUCGGGAUCAUAAACAGCUAGGGUUCACCUUUCUCAGAUCAGGAGAAGAUGCGUGGACGGUAGUGAGUCUAGCAACGCAUCUGCAUUGGUCCAGCGUCGUUGGACUCAUUCAUUACGACGGGCUAUUUGUCGCCUUGGAUGCGGACAACCAAAUAAUGACUCUUGACGAGAGAAAGGGUGGUAUGCAAUUGCGACUAGAUCAAGGGCAGAAUUUUCACCGUUGUGGGAAUCUCGUGGAAUGUUCAGGUUCAUUGCUGGUGGCUUGGAAGAUAAAGGGCGAAAACGAUGGACCUGUGGAAAACAUCCAAGUUCUCAAAGUGGAUUUGGAGAAGAGAACUAAGGAAGAGGUCGAGAGCCUGGGGAACGUUUCUCUCUUCUUAAAUUAUAACUCUUCCUUCUCAGUGGAGUUCAACGCAGAGUACCCCGAAUCUUGCUUUCUCAGGAUCAAGCCGAACCACAUCUAUUUCACAGAUUACAUGGAUGAGAAGAAGAAGAUUUACAGCAUGGACGACGGAAAGGUUGAGACAUACCUCGAUGCAACUGGCUGUCACCGUUAUGCAGGCGAGUGGUUCCAACCUGAUUUUCGAAACUUUCUGAAUAGGAAGAUUCUGACGUCAAACCAACUCGAUUGGAGCGAGCCCAUCUCCACCCUUGAUCACAACACAAGGGCAUCAUUGAGUGCAGAUCUACUUUCAGGGCAGCUUGCAAAGAAUAUUCCUAUUUCCUAUAAUAUACAUCCAUGGCUAACUUUCCUAUUUACCACCAACCACGAAGCCAAGGGCAAUGAACCUUCACCACGACCUGAAACUAAUCCUUUUACCACCUCAGACAUCGCUGGAAACAACCAUCCAACAAUUCCAUGA